CCAAAGAUCCUCUCUCUCAGAGAAUUCGCAGCAAAAUCUCCAAGAAAACGAAACCCUAAUAAGGACUCAAUCGGAUCCUUAAAUCCUUUGGUUUGUCUCUCACCUCCAUUUCUGAAAUUUCACUGCUUUGUGAUUCUUCUACAGAUUCGUUUUGAAGAGUAGAAAAUAUGUCAUCGGACACUUCACGAAGCUGUUCUACUAGAUCUAGACAAAACUCUCGAGUUUCUUCACAAGUUCUCGUCGACGCAAAGCUACACACAAACUUCGAAGAAUCUGAGCGUUUAUUUGACUAUUCAGCUUCAAUAAACUUGAACAUGCCAAGUUCUUCUUCCUGUGAAAUUCCUUCUUCAGCUGUCUCAACUUACUUACAGAAGAUUCAGAGAGGGAUGUUGAUUCAACCCUUUGGUUGUUUAAUCGUUGUUGAUGAAAAAAACCUUAAAGUCAUUGCCUUUAGUGAAAACACUCAAGAGAUGUUGGGUUUGACUCCACAUACAGUACCAAGUAUGGAGCAGCGUGAAGCUUUGAGUAUAGGAACUGAUGUGAAGUCAUUGUUUCAGUCUCCAGGUUGUUCUGAUUUGCAGAAAGCUGUUGAAUUUGGUGAGAUUAGUAUUUUGAAUCCGAUUACGCUUCAUUGUAGGUCUUCAAGUAAGCCUUUUUAUGCGAUUUUGCAUCGGAUUGAGGAAGGUCUUGUUAUAGAUUUGGAGCCUGUGAGUCCGGAUGAGGUGCCUGUGACUGCUGCUGGGGCGUUGAGAUCGUAUAAGCUUGCGGCGAAAUCGAUUUCGAGAUUGCAGGCAUUGCCUGGUGGGAAUAUGUUGUUGCUGUGUGAUGCUUUGGUUAAGGAAGUUAGUGAAUUAACUGGUUAUGAUAGGGUGAUGGUGUAUAAGUUCCAUGAAGAUGGGCAUGGGGAAGUAAUUGCUGAAUGCUGCAGGGAUGAUUUGGAACCUUAUCUUGGGUUGCAUUACUCCGCUACUGAUAUACCGCAAGCUUCGAGAUUUCUCUUUAUGAGAAACAAGGUUAGGAUGAUUUGUGAUUGUUCAGCAGUUCCAGUUAAAGUAGUUCAAGAUAAGAGUCUCUCACAGCCGAUAAGUCUUUCUGGAUCUACUUUGAGAGCUCCUCAUGGUUGUCAUGCACAGUAUAUGAGUAAUAUGGGAUCAGUGGCGUCUCUUGUUAUGUCUGUAACAAUUAAUGGUAGCGAUAGUGAUGAGAUGAACAGAGAUCUUCAGACAGGAAGACACUUAUGGGGCUUGGUGGUUUGUCAUCAUGCAAGUCCUAGGUUCGUGCCGUUUCCUUUAAGAUAUGCUUGUGAAUUUUUGACUCAAGUAUUUGGCGUGCAAAUCAACAAAGAAGCGGAAUCAGCUGUUCUGUUGAAAGAAAAGCGUAUUUUGCAAACUCAAAGUGUGCUAUGUGACAUGCUUUUUCGCAAUGCACCAAUAGGUAUAGUCACUCAGUCACCAAAUAUAAUGGAUCUUGUUAAAUGUGAUGGAGCAGCCCUUUAUUACAGAGAGAAGCUCUGGUCUCUAGGGGUUACUCCUACUGAGACACAAAUUAGAGAUCUAAUCGAUUGGGUUCUCAAAAGUCAUGGAGGAAACACUGGUUUUACCACUGAAAGUCUAAUGGAGUCUGGCUAUCCGGAUGCUUCUGUUCUUGGGGAGUCAAUCUGUGGAAUGGCUGCUGUAUAUAUUACUGAAAAAGAUUUCCUUUUCUGGUUCCGGUCUGGCACUGCAAAACAGAUCCGGUGGGGUGGUGCAAGACAUGAUCCUAAUGACAGGGAUGGUAAAAGGAUGCACCCUAGAUCCUCAUUCAAGGCAUUUAUGGAAAUUGUCAGGUGGAAAAGUAUGCCCUGGGAUGACAUGGAAAUGGAUGCAAUUAAUUCUCUGCAGCUAAUAAUAAAAGGCUCAUUGCAAGAUGAGCAUUCAAAGACUGUUGUGAAUGUCCCGUUUGUGGAUAAUAGGGUUCAGAAGGUAGAUGAAUUGUGUGUUAUCGUGAAUGAAAUGGUGCGCUUGAUUGAUACAGCAGCUGUUCCGAUCUUUGCGGUUGAUGCCUCUGGUGUUAUAAACGGUUGGAAUACUAAAGCGGCUGAGGUAUCUGGAUUGGCAGUUGAACAAGCAAUAGGCAAACCUGUAUCAGAUCUUGUUGAGGACGAUUCUGCAGAAACCGUGAAGAACAUGUUAGCAUUGGCUCUCGAAGGUAGUGAAGAAUGCGGUGCUGCGAUCAGGAUCAGAGCAUUUGGUCCUAAAAGGAAAAGCAGUCCGGUUGAGUUAGUUGUCAACACUUGCUGUAGCAGAGAUAGGACGAAUAAUGUUCUUGGUGUAUGCUUUAUUGGACAAGAUGUUACAGGCCAGAAAACGCUUAUCGAAAACUAUAGCCGCGUGCAAGGAGAUUAUGCCCGAAUUAUGUGGAGCCCAUCCACACUCAUUCCACCAAUUUUUAUGACCAAUGAAAAUGGGUUAUGCUCAGAGUGGAACAACGCAAUGCAGAAGCUCUCUGGGAUAAAGAGAGAAGAAGUUGUCAAUAAAAUGCUUCUCGGUGAGGUUUUUACCUCAGAUGAUUAUGGUUGCCGCCUUAAAGACCAUGACACUUUAACUAAGCUGAGAAUAGGUUUCAAUGCUGUGAUUUCUGGCCAGAAGAACAUAGAGAAGCUUUUAUUUGGCUUUUACCAUCGUGAUGGUAGCUUCAUCGAGGCUUUACUUUCUGCAAACAAAAGGACUGAUAUUGAGGGAAAGGUUACCGGGGUUUUAUGCUUUUUGCAAGUACCUAGUCCAGAGCUCCAAUAUGCUCUACAGGUUCAGCAAGUAUCCGAGCAGGUGAUCGCCUGUGCCUUCAACAAAUUGGCAUAUCUCCGCCAAGAAGCAAAGAACCCAGAACAGGCAAUUUCUUUCCUUCAAGAUUUGCUACAUUCAUCUGGAUUAAGUGAAGAUCAAAAGCAGCUCUUGAGGACAAGCGUUUUAUGCAGGGAGCAGUUAGCCAAAGUCAUAAGCGACUCAGACAUAGACGGAAUCGAAGAAGGCUAUGUGGAACUGGAUUGCAGCGAAUUUAACCUUGAGGAAUCCCUGGAAGCAGUUGUAAAACAAGUGAUGGAGCUGAGCAUAGAACGUAAAGUGCAGAUCAUCUGCGAUUAUCCUCAAGAAAUUUCGUCAAUGAGACUGUAUGGAGACAACCUAAGGCUUCAGCAAAUCCUCUCAGAGACACUCUUAAGCAGCAUACGCUUCACGCCUGCAUUGAAAGGAUUGUGUGUCUCAUUCAAGGUAAUUGCACGGAUAGAAGCUAUAGGGAAACGAAUGAAGAGAGUCGAACUUGAGUUUAGGAUAAUACACCCGGCACCGGGACUGCCUGAGGAUCUGGUAAGAGAGAUGUUUCAGCCUUUGAGGAAGGGUACAUCAAGGGAAGGUUUGGGAUUACACAUCACCCAGAAGCUGGUGAAACUCAUGGAGAGAGGAACAUUGAGAUACCUGAGAGAGUCUGAAAUGUCAGCCUUUGUGAUCCUCUCAGAAUUUCCCUUGAUUUGAAGCAGAGACCUGUCUACAAGAUUUCCAUAAUUGAAUAAAAGUGGUGUUUUUGA